AUGUUUUCCAUCAGAAACUUGGCCAGAGUGAAGGCUCCUUCUCGCUUUUUCUCUGUCUCCUCCAAAUUGAGAGCAGGUCAUGCUGAAGAGUCGGUCAAGCCUUUCCAUAAUGCCAUGGGAAGACCCGCACAGAAAUAUUCCGUUCCAGAAGGCCAAGUCCUCGGCAAAACCACCUUUACUGAGGCGAUGGACGAGGUAGACAUGGUCUGGGGCCGUGACGAUGACCCUAAGAAAGUGGAAAAGCAAAACACUAAGAUCAGACACUUUACCAUCAACUUUGGUCCACAGCAUCCAGCUGCCCACGGUGUCUUGAGAUUGAUUUUGGAGUUGCACGGUGAAGAGAUUGUCAGGUCUGACCCUCACGUUGGAUUGCUUCACCGUGGUACUGAAAAAUUGAUUGAAUCCAAGACCUACAUGCAAGCGUUGCCCUACUUUGACAGAUUGGACUAUGUUUCGAUGAUGACGAACGAGUUGGUCUUUGCCUUAGCUGUGGAGAAAUUGUUGAACGUUGAGGUGCCUUUGCGUGCUAAGUACAUCCGUACAAUGUUUGGUGAGAUCACCCGUAUCUUGAACCACUGUAUGUCUGUCUUGUCGCACAUUAUGGAUGUUGGUGGAUUGACGCCUUUCUUGUGGGGUUUUGAAGAGAGAGAAAAGUUGAUGGAGUUUUAUGAACGUGUCUCUGGUGCCAGAUUGCACACGGCUUACGUCCGUCCUGGUGGAGUGUCGCAAGAUUUACCUGCUGGUCUUUUGGAUGACAUUUACAUGUGGGCCACACAGUUCGGUGACAGAAUCGAUGAAACGGAAGAGUUGGUCACCGAUAACCGUAUUUGGAAAAAUAGAACGCAGGACGUGGGUGUGGUUACUGCUGAAGAUGCAUUGAACUAUUCUAUGUCUGGUGUGAUGCUCAGAGGUUCUGGUGUGCCUUAUGACAUUAGAAAGGCCCAACCAUACGAUGCUUACGAGUUGGUGGACUUCGACGUUGCUGUCGGCUUGAACGGUGACUGUUACGAUCGUUAUUUGGUGAGAAUGGUGGAGUUCAGACAAUCAUUGCGUAUUAUCGAACAAUGCAUCAACGACAUGCCUGAGGGCCCAGUUAAGGUUGAGGAUUACAAGAUUUCCCCACCUCCAAGACUGCUUAUGAAGGAAGAUAUGGAGGCGUUGAUUCACCACUUUUUGUUGUUCACUAAGGGCUAUGCUGUUCCGCAGGGUGAAACGUACACAGUCAUUGAAGCCCCUAAGGGUGAGAUGGGUGUCUACGUUGUAUCGGACGGCUCGGAAAGACCAUACAGAUGCAAGAUCAGAGCACCAGGAUUUGCUCACUUGGGUGCUUUUGACCAUGUGGCUAGAGGCAACUUGUUGGCCGAUGCCGUGGCCAUCAUUGGUACCAUGGACUUGGUGUUUGGCGAGGUUGAUCGUUAG